AUGAAAAUAAAAUAUAUAUCUAUUUUUGUAAUUUUAAUUUAUAAAUUUUUAUUUUCCAAACCAGAAUGUAUUUUUACGAAGGAUGAAUCACCAAACUCAUUGGUGGUAACUAAACUAAAUUGCACAAAACAGGUAGAAUCAUUUACCCUAUAUGAUAAUAAAGCAAUUGAAGUUAGUCUAGAAAAGGCUGCUGAUGGAUAUUAUUUUGAUAUUCUCAAUUACCCAUACAAAAACAAGCUAUACGACAUUUCGGCUUUAGUUUUUUUUAUACCAGAGAUCUCUUCGUUUCCAAAAAUGCCAACCACUGGUGGAAAUUUUAACUUUGAAUAUAAUCUUGCAUAUAGGUCAAAUGGGAUGGUAAAACCUAUUAUAUUAAAUGGUGUUAAUUUUUGGCCUAUCUAUAACUCUACAUUGGACCUUUUCAAUAUCCAAAUACCCAAAGGAUGCGGUAUUUUAAAAUUUUAUUAUGAUAAUAGGUUGGGCAAAUGGAACUUUUUCGAUGCUACGUAUGAAAUGGGUUCAAUACCAGUAGAUCCAUUACUUGAUGGUGAGGGUAGUUUUACUAUUAAAGGAAGUAACCUGUUUAACACCUCCAUUGAAAUUUUUUCAAAAAAUGAUAUCUACUCCAAUCGCAAAGAGUUUGGUAUUAUUAAUGAUGACCACACCGAGGUUAAAUUUUCAAUAAAUGAAGCAAGAUAUCAGGGUCUCUGGAAAAUAGAUGUCAAAAUAUGUGACACAUUUUAUAGAAGUUAUACUUUCUCAUUUUCACCAGAACUGAUAAGAAUGGAAGGAGUUCUAAACAAUAAUGGUGGAAAUGUUACAUUUACUGGAAAUCAUUUAAGAUCUAAACAAAAUGUUACCGGUACUUUUGGUAAUAAAAGAAUUGAAUGUUUCAACACCAAUUCUUCAAAAAGUAUAACAUGCACUCUCCCAACUCGUAAAAACUAUGGUUUUCUUGGCUAUAAUAUUCCAUUAACUGUUACUAUUGAUGGUGAAUACACAAGCAAUACAAUUAAAAUAUCCUAUGAUCUUCCAUUGAUUCAAAAUGUUCAACAAAGGGGAAAUUCACAGAUUUUCAAUGUAACUGGUGUAUAUCUUUCUAAAGUUAUUGUUAUUACUGUAAUUACUGGUAUGAGUAUGAAAACCAAUAUUACCAAAAUGAAUUCUACAUCAACAUUGGAAGAACCUGGUUUUUUUAUUGAAAGUAAUAAUACCAUUUUCAUAUUCCUACCAAAUAAUACCCAGCCUGGUUUUAUGGAACUCGCUAUUGAGGAUGGUGAUGAAUCAUUUAGAGCUCCAAGAUAUAAUUUCAAGAUCACUCCAACUAUUACUGAUGGUCAAAGCUUUAAAUCAAAUACACCUGGUGAUGAUUUAAAAAUUAAAGGUAUCUUUAUGAGAACUGUAGAUUUUGAUGGUAGAGAUAUCCCAUUAACAUUUGAGAGUGAGCCUGAUGGUCCAAUUUGUAUUCAUUCGAAAGAUGGUGAUGGUUUAUCAUUUACUUGUGUUUUAAAAUCUGGCUUCGGGUCAAACCACACGAUAAACAUUUACUAUAAUCUUUUACAAAUUGGUUCAUUUAAUGUUAGUUACAAUCCUCCACAACUUACUGAAGUUUAUCAAGAGAAAAAUGGUAACAUUAAAAUUAAUGGUUAUAACCUAGGUGACUCUAUUAAGGAUUCGAUAAUAACUGUUGUUUUUUCUGGUGGCAUUACAUUAAAUGGUACAGUAAUAGCAAGUGGCCAUGAGUAUCUUAUAUUUGGUUAUCCUGUAGGUAAUAAAAAGACUGCAAGCUAUAGAUUCCAACUUGGUGAUCAACAAAGUAAUAUGCUUGAACAAUACACUUUGAAACCUAUUAUUGAAAAUAGUGAUCCUGCAGUGCCAUGUGGUGGUGGAAUGGUUACUAUUAAUGGUCAUUACUUUUUUGACUAUGCCAAAGAUACAACAACCGUUACCAUUGGUAAAGUAGUGUGUAAUAUUUCUUCAAUUAAUGUUACAACCAUUGAAUGUACAAUUGCACCAAAUCUUAGAUCACUUUCACCACGUUAUACAUCUGGUUCUAAAAGAUUACUAAUCACAAGUUCAAGUGCUGAUACUGAAAGAAUGUAUAACUACCAACUACCAUCUGCAGGCUAUUACUACAAAUUUGAACCACCAACCAUCACAAACACAUCUUCAAUCGAUCAAACUGCUCUAAUCACUAUAUAUGGUACAUCAUUUGGUGAUUCAAAUCUUGAAAUUCUAAUUGAUGGCAAACCAUGCACACAACAUGAAAUUGACAUUCACACCUACUCUAGUGUAUCCUGUAAUGUAACCAACUAUGCUGAAAUGCUAAAAUAUAACUACUCUGAUACUAAAUUCAAUAUCAGUAUCUCUGUUGAUGGUCAAUACUUUAUUGCUGAAAUUUUCCAAUUUAAAUGUAAGUUUUAUAAAUACAUACAUACAUCAAUCUCUCAACUAUUUAUUUAUUACUGUUGCUCAUUUAGAUAUCUUGAUAAUUUACGUCUAAAAGUUCGUGCAAAGCAUGCUACUCAAAUCUCUAAACAUUACACAUUUGGUGAUCAAAGAGCUCCAAAAGGUCCUAAAAGUCCUUACUAUGAUUUCUUAAAGAAAUUAUCUAGAUUCCCACUCAUUAGACGUUAUUUCAAAGAACAUAAUGAUUAA